AUGCUAGUGGUUUUGUUGGAUGAAUUCACCUCAGUUAAAGGCAAAGAUGUGUCUAUUAAUGAAGAAGCCGCUAAUGAACUUUUACUCCAUUACAAAUGCGUAAUGAGGGUUAAAGAAGGAAAAGGAAAACCGGUGUUAAGCGCUGCUUUACAACGCCUUAUUCUUGAGGAAUUAUUUCGCCUUAUUAGUGAAUAUUCAUUUCAAUCGAAGUUUGAAAACCAACAACAAUCACCUUUAUCACAUGAACAUUCUCAACCUCAACAAGAAGUAGAUCAACAAGAAGUAGAUCAACAAGAUCCAGAGACAAGUCCACGACUAUCUCCAAUCCCAGAAGCUUAUACUAUUAAAGUUGAUGACAACAUUCUUGAGGCUGAAAUAGCAACAAGCAUGAAAGUAUUAUGUGAUUUAGUAAAACAACUUUCUGAGUCUCGUAAAGGAACUGACGAUAUAACAAAUUUAACACCCAUAAAUAUCCGUCAGCAAGUUUUUGCAGCAUUAGGAACUCGAGGAUUCUGUAAUGACAAACAUCCGUUUAUUGAUCAAUUGACAGACGCAAUUUUGAAAACUGCUGGUAAAUAUCGACAAUUUAAAAGCAAAGAAAAGCAAACAGAAUCACAUGAAAGGGCAGCAAAAAUAGCAAAAGAGAUUGCUCUCUUAUAUUUUAGAUUACUUGCUCAAGAACCUGUACCGGAAUUUACGGAAUUUUUUGAAGCUGGUACACCUUUGCAGAACAAUAUUAUGGAAGGAACAUGGGAUGAUUAUGAAAUUCAUGAUUUAGAAGUGGAAAUUUGCUCAUUUCCGUUGGUUAGUAUUAAAGAUAAAGAUAAUUCGAGAAAAGUACUUUAUAAAGGAGUAGUUCUUACAAGACAAAAUAAUAUAAAUCCAGCUUAG